ACAACACUGCCGAGCAAGUCGAGCAACACUGCAAGAAACAGCUACACGUGCGGCUUGUGUGCUUCUUUCGUGGGCUCUCUUCAAAAUACUUGUACAUAAAUACGCAGUUAUUUCGCUAAAUAUUAAUAGAUUUAAUAGUGUGCUGGCAGUUUAAACUGCUAUUAAAGGCUGCAGCAAAGUGACAGCCAUGAAUUUUGACGACGAAGAUCGACUGGAGCUGCAGCAUUUGGCGGGCGGCAGCAUUGUUGAACAUGCGCCCGUUUUCUCCGAACAGGGCAGAUUCAUCUUUGUGCGCUGCAACCAAAAGGUGCAGGUGUUUGUCACCAGCACCGGCGAAUUGACCCGUGAAUUAGACGAUGCAACAUCGCCUUUGAUCAGUUUGGAACUGGAUGUGAAGCAUCCAGAUUUACUGUUAGGCUGCACAAGCAGCGGACAACUGUUGCGCUGGCAUUGGCGCACUGGCGUGGUGCAGAAAGAGGUCAGGUUGAAUCUGGACAGCGACUAUACCGAAGUGGUAACAUGCAAUCUGUUGAAUCUGUAUAAGGGAGGUGAAACCGCCUGCGCCUUUGUUACCGCAAAGCACAACAGUGCCAAUACAAUGAAAUGGUUUGUGUUUAACACCAACACCGGAGCGCAGAUUGAUGUUAAUUGUAGUUUGAGAUUGAGAACUCAAACACCUGUUGUGGAUGUGAGCAAAGGCGCCUUCAAGUAUAUUGCUAUAGCACAAUUCAUGUCUGUGCACUUUGUGCAGUACGAGACAUGGCAAUGCUUUAGCUUCAAGAACCGUAUGCCUCUCACUUGCAUUCGUCUUAGUCCAUUCGAGCAAAUGGCAGCCAUAGGCACCCAAUACGGUCAAGUUCUCAUCUGGCGUCAGUUCGACAAUCCCGAGUCGCUGCAGCGCACAGUGCAUCAUUGGCACAGCUCGGCCGUCUCUUGCAUUGCCUUCACGCCCACGGGCAUGAGUUUCUACAGCGGCGGCUUGGAGCGUGUGCUCGUCAAGUGGUCGCUGACAAGUACGCAGGAGCGCAGCUUUCUGCCACGUAUGUCCAGCGUGCUCAAGCACAUUGUGAUCAGUGAUGGCAACGAGAAACUUUUGGUCUGCACCGCUGACAAUGCCCUGCAAUUUGUCGAUCCCAAUGAGAUGAAACUGCUGUCAACUUUGCAACAUUUCACCUAUGCUCUGUCUGACAACGGCGACAAUGGUUUGUUCCCUAUUGGUUUGUGCUUGAAUCCACGCACAAAUUCGCUGGUGCUCAAUGGACGCAUUGGACAAUUGCAGUUCUAUUCGGCGUAUACCAAGAGUUUGCUAUAUAAUUUGCGGGUGGUGGAAGGCAAUGUUCAGUCGGCGGAACCAAGAACCAUCAUUUACAACACUUGUGUGACGCGUGCCGCUUUCAACAUUAACUGGAUGGCUACAGGUGAAGUUUACAACGAUCAACAAAAUUUCCCUGAACUGCAAUUGAAGUUCUGGCAAUACCAGGAAAAACUGCAAACCUACAAGCUGAACACAAACAUUGAACUGCCGCAUCAGGAUGGCUUUGUGGCCAUUGUCUUCUCCAAUCAGUUUCAAGUGGACAAUCUGCGCUGCGCUAGUGCCGGCAAGGAUAAUGUCAUCAAACUGUGGACAUUAACCGAUUCAGAGAACAUUUACAAGCGCAGCGUGAUGUGGACUUGUGAGGCUCAAGCAAGCUACAAACACCAGAGACUGGAGUCCAUCUGCUUCUCCCAGGAUGGCUCACUGUUGGCCGCAGGCUAUGGCCACACGCUGGUGCUAUUUGAUGCGCGGACGCUGCGAUUGCUACAUGCCCUCAGCACCUCCGCUGGCUAUGAUGGUGUCGUGUCCAAGGCACAGGUGCGUCUCUCGCAUACGGCAAUCAAUGGGACACGCACGGAGUUGGUGCAGCAGCGACAACAGUUGUGGGGAUUGCUGCAGACGCUACUCAACAGCAACGACAAAAAACUGGUGCAGCAGGCACAACAAUUGAUGGCAAGUCCGUCGUCCAGUAAUCAGAGUCAGAGACAGUCGUCGACGGCCAAGGAACCAAGCAAGCAGGAAAUCUAUAAGCACAUCAUGCAAAUGGCCGAAUUGGGGCUGCAUCAGAAGCUGCAGCUGCUGCGUCACUUUGACAUCGAGUGCUACGUGAGCACAGCCUUUCAGAAAAGCCUCAAGGCGCAUCUGCAAAUGUGUGGGGUAGAACCACAGUCGGCUAAUGAGCGUGUUCGCACGCUUAACGAGCGCUUGCAUAGGUUGCAGCCACGUCAACGCUUCAAGGCGAAAGUUCGUCUGCUGCAACUGAAGAAACGGCGACAAAACUAUGAACUCGACAGGCACGAAAUAUUACCGCUGUUUAGCAUGCUGCAACUGGACGAGACGACAAAGCCAGCAGAAAAGCAGACAAGUCAGCAGGCCUGCCAUACCUCAAUCCAUUCAAAAAAGGGUUCAAUGAAAGCCAAGGAAUCCGGCGAGAAGCUUGCUCCCUUGCAAGGCUCAGCGCAGAUAUCGCAUGUGCAAUUUGGAUCUGGAGCGCAGGCGCAUUUGGUUGCUGUCUGCACAGAGACGCGUGUGCUCAUCUGGAAUCUGAUGACGUUGCGUCUGCAGGCGGGUCUGAAACUCUCGGUGCGCCAAUUGGCCUUUGAUCCGCUCACCAAUCUGAUAGCCGCCGUCACGCGUAACAAUGAACUGCACGUCUUCCAGCCAAAUGUGCCACUGCCCAUCUAUCAGCGCAGCAAUCUGCCCCAGCUGCACGGUCUGGUUUGGCUGCCACGUCGCCAGCCCAAACAGAGCUCCAUCAAUGUGGAUUGGCAGGCGCAGUCGACGCUUCACAUGCUCACCAACGAAAAGGAGAUUGUCUAUCUGGCAUUGCCAGGUCAGACUAUAACGGAUGAUGCACCAGCGCCCAUUUCGUUUGCCCAGCCAGCUGACGAGCAGCUGCUGCAGUAUGCAACCUUUGGUGCCUUUGUCGCUAGGCAGAAGAAUGCCGAGAACACUGAGAUUGCGCAGCGAAAAGGUCCACUUAUUGUGGGUCGUGGUGUCCACAGUUCAGUCAAUGCGCUUGUCAAUUUGUCCGCCCACACGAUGCCCGCCAUGAGUCUGAUCUGCGGGGAAUUUAUCAAAUCGCUUUUAACGCCUGGCGAACGCGAUGAGCCAAAUGAUACAAAUGAGCUGCCGCUUAGCAACGGCAUACUGAAUGGCAAUGGUCACACUGAAAGCCAAGACGAAGACGAGGAUGAGGAGGAGGAGGCGGAUCUGAAGCAGGAAGACUACAAAGAGACGAAGACAGAGCUUAGAAAAGUGUUGCUGGAUCAGAAUUCGGCACUGGAGAAGAUCAAUAACAAGGAGGUGGAACAACAGACGCUGGAUGCGAGAUUGCAACGUGUGGCAAAGCACGACGUAAUCCUAGAGUUUUAACUGUAGAUCACACGCACACACAUACAAUAGUUCCAGACAGCGUUAAUUAUAUAAUUAAUUAAUUUAGUUGUUUUAACAAAUAUUAUUGAGUUUUUUUUU